UCUAAAGCGUGUGACUUGCACUUGUAGGGCUGAGUUGUAAAUAAUUGAGAAGACUAAAUUUUAAUUUAAAAAUAAAUGAGAUUACGUGUUAUAAUAAAUGAAAUGAACCAUUAAAAUUAAUCGGAAGAUACUAUAUAAAAAGGACUUCUAUAAUAAGGUAAGACAGCGUAAAAUGCGGUUAGCAUUAUUCUCCGUAGUGCUGUUGGUGUGUAGUGUGUAUGUGACUCAAGGAUUUGAAGACACAACGUUAGAAGAUGAUGAUUUUGCAGAGUUUGAGCAAUUUGAUGCAGAUGAGGACGAUGAUGCUAUCACUGACCAAGAGUAUGGUGAAGAUGAAAUUCCUGUGAAGCCAAAGUCACAACCAAAAGAGCCAGUUCCAUCUAAUGUAGAACCUGAAGAUGAGUUGCUUGUUGAGGAUGAGGACAAUGAGUUUGAGCAUUUCCAAGAUCCAGAAGAAUUCGAAGGUUUUCAAGACACAACACCCAAGUCAUCAGAACAACCGAAAAUAACAAUAUCAAAGGUACCAGUGGUAAUUCGGCCCCGUUGGGAUGCCUAUUGGCUGGAAGGUAUAUUAUGCUGCCUCCUUACAUCAUAUGCGUUGGCCUAUGCUAUUGGAAGAGCAAAGAACACAUCAAUUGCUGCCAAUUUCCUCAAGUUACAUAAACCUUUACUCGAAGACAACUUUACGUUAGUUGGUGAGACCGGCGUAGAAGAGGUGGCGAGGGAGGAGCGCGGGUGGAGUCGGGAUGCAGAGCAUUGUUUCACGAUGUGGUGUAGUGGGCGGCAGUGUUGUGAAGGAAUGUUGCUUACUCUGAAGUUAAUUAAGCGACAAGAUCUAGUCCAUGUAUUAAUGAACGCGGUCCGUCCCAGUCAGGACACACUUCAGCUACGAGUGGAGCUCGGCAAAGACGACAGCGAUCCAUUUGUUCUGUGUAUUGCUCAGAAGAAAGUCGCCACACGACUUUCUAAGGAGAUGCAGGACUUGAGUAUGUUCUGCCCGGAGCGUCGUCCUGGCGACAAGCACGGUCUUCCCGCAACACUCUCCGUGAUGUCGGAAUGCGCAGAGGCAACCGGAGGCCUAUUGGACUCUCGCGUCACGGCUGCCUUACACCAGUACCACAAACACGUGCAGUACAUACACGUGUCCGACAAAUACUGUGGACCUAAGCAAUUGGAGGAACAAACAGUAACCAAACCCCCGGAGACAGAAAAGCUGGUGCUAGUCAGCCUGACUCUUGGCCCCGAUGGAGGUGGUGAUGAAGUCAGGCCAUUAUUACUUCUGGUCUUCUACUUGUUAGAUAAGAUUAAACGCCUACGACUUAGCAAGGAGGCUCUUGUGAAAUGUGAGAAACGCCGUCAAAAGGCCGCUGAAGUGUGGAUGCGUGGCGCACACGCGGCAAGACAAGAGCUUGCUGCACAGAAGAGAGAAGAAAAGAGAAAGCAGGAAAAAGAGAAGAUUCUUGCUGAGGACGACCCAGAAAAGCAGCGUCGUUGGGAGCUUAAAGAACAAAAACGUCAACAGAAACGUAAAGCUCCAAAAAUGAAACAGCUUAAAGUGAAAGCAAUGUAACUUUACCUCAAAGCAAUUAAAAUGCAAUAAUUAUUUACACUACUUUUGUUAAUUUAUAAGUGUUAAUUCAUACUCAGUCAGAGCGAAUAAAUGAUUUAAUUAAAAAAUA